AAUGUCCAUAAAGAGUUUAAGACUAACUAUCUAUCUAUCUAUCUAUCUAGUACUGUAACCAUAGCAACAGUGAGAUGUUUCGCGCAGACUACCGGAAUAUUGAUCACUCGCUUGUUUCGCUCUGGUUUUCUUAAAGGCACAGGCUCACAUUUAACACAAUGCACGCUUUCGCAAAGAAACCGGCUGCUGAGCGUGAAACGAAAGCGUUUACAGUUGUUGUGGUCGUUUGACCGAGGUUUCCACGCUUCCUCUUCGCUGUUGUAACGGUUCUUCUUCUGCUGAGGGAGUUUCACGCGCGACGCUCCACAGCGCCCUCUACCGGAGCGACGUCAUCAGACCCGGAAGUGAAACCGGGAUUAUUACAGCAUGGCUAGGUUUUAUUUAUUAGCAACUGUUUUGUGUUUCAUCCGUCGUGGGAGUUCAAAACAAGCAGAUUGUUUUCCAUCAGAAUGGUUGAAGUCAGUGUCGGUGUCUGUGAAGAUUUCCAAAGCAGGAUUUCACAGAGAUCUUCAAUACAGGGUUCAGUGGAGCAGCACAGAUCACGAUGUCCAAGCUUUACUGGUCCAGAAGCUGCCCAGUGGAGUUUACAUGGACGCAUACCAGCUGGAAACACUGAGGCGCGACACGGGUUUGGAGGUUCUCCUGGAUUCAGAGGUCGAUCUGGAAGCUCCAGAGUAUCUGUCCUCUGGGUUCACGGCGCUGGUUUUUCUCUCAGGAACGCACGAGGCUGUGGUUCCCGUUCACGGCCGAUAUCACAGACCCUCAGACUCCAGCAAACCAGUGAAAGUAGACAUCGAGCCGCCCAGAGUACUGCUCAGAUCAGACCAGUGUGAGACACUGCAGACGCGCGCGCUCGGCCGCACACUGGGUCCUGGGGUACGUGGUGUAGUGGUCGAGGCUCCCUGUACCGUCAGCAACCACAGCAUCUGCUCAUGGAUGCAGAUCCUGGAUCUACAGGGUGAUGCAGGAGUGAGUCUGGAGCUCCCGGUCGGAGACUCGUCGCUGGUCCUCACAGUGUGUGCGGGGACUGUACUGACCGCUGUACUGAGCUGUGUUUACCUGCUCCGAAAAAUCUGGAAACACGGCAGCUUCUGACCACAGUCUGACAGAUCC